UCCUAUGUAAAUAAAACAUAAAAUUUCAGAUAAAUCUUACUUAUGUAAUGCCUAAAGAUGCUGAACUGUUUAACCUACCCUGCCUUGUUGUACAUAAGAAAUCUAAACCGGUUUUAAUUUUCAAAACUCUUAUUAGAUCUGUGAUAAAUUAUUGGAGAUAUUUAGUUUUGCUGUGGCUGUGUUUAUAUUUAUAUUAUAAAUAUGCUUGGUACCGAAACCUCCCACCCUCAUCACCAUCAAUUCUCUGCUCUUUUGGAAAGGGACGACUUGGAAAUCAAAUGUCGUCUUUUGCGAGCAUUCUUUCCCUUUCAAAACUAUAUGGAUAUAAAGCUGUAGUAACAGAGGAGCAAAGCAGCCUCCUUCUAUAUUAUUUCGAACCAAAUAUUCAGAGAGAAUUUCAUGUUUUAGAGGUUGAGUAUUCAGAGUAUAUUUCCAGUUUUCUCGGUCUAUUUAGUUUUGGACGAUUAGUUUGGGAACUGCCUUGGAACUUUGACGAUAAAAAAUAUAAUUUUACAGUGUCAGAAAUCAGUAAGCCCGAGUACUUAAGAGGACGGAGUAUAGAUAUAGGAAAAUAUCCAAAUCUUUUAGAGAGCUAUAUCCAGAAUCUUGAAGAAAUAAAACCUCUGUUCCGGUUUCGGAAACGGUUUUCUGACGCUGCACAGACUAAACUUUAUUCUGCGAAGAAAAGUCGGAGUUUAAGUGGAGACGUCACAUUCAUUGGAGUACAUGUUAGAAGGAGUGACUAUGGUCAACACCUUGUGAAGAUGUAUAAUCUUACUUUGAUCGACGCAGCUUACUUCAAUAGGGCCAUGGAAUAUUACAGGAAUAAGUUUGAUUCUAUUGUAUUUGCUGUGGUUAGUGACGAUCUUAGUUGGGCCAGGAGUAAUAUGGAAGGGGAGGAUGUCUUCUUUUUGGGACAUGAUAGAACCCAGGAGAAGGAUGAAUUGAACCCACUCAAACCAGGAGAGGAUAUAGGGGAGGACUUGGCUCUCUUGGCAUCAUGUAAUCACACAAUAAUGACCUAUGGAACCUUUGGUAUGUGGGGCGGAUUAUUGAGCGGUGGUGAAGUAUUAUUUCCAAGUUCUUUUCUUAAAACAAAAGAGGGGUUUGAAGUUAGCUCUUCUAACCUAAUACAGUCUGGUAAAUGGGUGAAGAUUGUUCAGCCUGAGCUACGGAUUGUUUCAAGGGCCUGUAUGGGAAUUGUGCCUGCAAACAUUUUUUGCUUUCUCUGUGUUCUCCUUCUUAACUCCAUAGUUUAGAUUUUAUCACCCAGU